AUGAGUUUGACUUGCAGGUGGGAGAUUUUGCUUAUUAGCUUGUGGAUACAAGUGAGCUGUGUGCCUGGGAUACAUUGCGACGAUGGAACUUUCAAUCAUCUGUCAAGGGAAGACGUUUUGCUCUUAAAGGAUGAGCAGAAUCCCAAAUGUUUCACCCGGACAGAAAAGGAUUUCACCUGCUUCUUUGAGACAGCAGACAACAGGACUUAUGAUUUCCUCCACGACCUGCCUGGAAAGAAAAGAUGUGAUCUGUCUGUCCAGACUACAAAAGAAGGAACUUUCCUCCACAUCUGUUCGUUUCCUGGGAUGUAUGUGUUUUCAUAUGUGGAAUUGCACCUUGAAGUGGUGGAGCAUGACACCAACACCAGCCUCUACAAUCGAACAGUCUCCGUGGAGGACCACUAUCUCCUGGACCGCCCCUUCAAUGUGUCUUUACACCAAAAUGGCCGAGCAGGACAGCUGCAGGUUUCAUGGCACGCAAAGGUCCCGAAAUACUGGGAUGAGUAUAUGAUGUAUAGGAUUCGAUACUCCUCCAAGGGGCUGGGGGAGUUGACGAAAGAGGCAAAGGAGGGUGAAAUAGACUCUCUGCUCCCGGGAGAGGAGGUUGAGGUCCAGGUCACUGUCAAAUGUGCCCUAAAUCCAAAUGCAGGACACUGGAGCAGCUGGUCACACCCUGUGCGGGCUGUGGUUCCCCAAAGUGCAGAUGAUAUUUCACUGGCAUGCUACACAUCCGACCUGCAAAAUAUCAGCUGUCAAUGGAAUGGGAGUCGAUACAGUGAAGAGUUCAAACUUUUCUACAAGACAGGUCGAAGUGAAGUUCGGAGCUGGACAGAGUGGGCCGAGUGUUUCGCUGACAGGAACUUGACUGAACUGUGCCAUUUCCGUGGAGAAGAGUCCAGAAAAAUGAGGGUCAAGCUCAGCAGCACUUCAGCUCCAUCCAGCAGAACCUUUUAUUCUCAAGAGUUCACUCUCAACAAGAGCAUCAAAACAGCCCCACCAUGUCAUGUGAGAGCAGUACUGAAGAAAGACAAGUUGUGCUUGAAAUGGGAAGCUCCUCUUCCGUCUCUGUUGGCUCACCUGCAGUAUGAAGUCAGCUACAAGAUCAGAGGAGGGGAAGGGUGGAUGAUGGUGUCCCGACAGGGUCCUGAGACAAGCACAUGUCUAGAGGUUCCAGCAGGCAGCCACUACAGAGUUAAGCUCAGAGCUAAACCUGAUGGGUCCAUUUACUCAGGACACUGGAGUGACUGGUCAGAUGUGCUUACUGGUGACACCCCCGCUGACAUAGGCACAUUGCUCUUGUUGUGUAUCCCCAUCUUGAUGAUGAUGAUUGUUGUCACCCUCAUCUUCCUGUUUACCAGAUACCUCAGUGAGCUCAAGCAGUAUUUUUGGCCGCCGGUGCCUGACCUUGACAAAGUCCUACAAGGUUUUUUGAAGGAGAUCAAUGGGUCGAGAUGGAAUCCUCCGAUCACAGCAAAGCAGUUCUCAGAGGAAACCGCUUCAUCUGUGGUGGAGAUAAUGUCUGAUGGCUUUACCAGUCCUGAAAAAUCUUCAGAGGGAUCCACCCAGCUCCUGUCACCAGAAAGACACUCCUGCAGUGGAGAACAGGUAGAUGGAAGCCACGGGACUCAAGCCUUUCCAGACUAUGUGACUCUGAACAAAGACAGUGUUUUCCUUUGCCCAAAAGGAAACAAGUAUAUCUACGAGGAGGUUGGGGAGAAAGAAGGCGUGAGUGAAGAGCUCCUCCAAACAUGUCACACUUCCUGCUCUGAUGGUUCAGACUGUAUUCCACCCUACUUAAGCGGUGACUUUCUUAACCAGUCAUACCUGCCUUUGGCUGAGCCUGCAGACAAAUUCGACUGCAAUGUUUCGGUUACGAGGGGGCCAGGCAACCUCUAUACUAAUUUCCCCUGUGGCUAAAUGUACACUAUAGGCAGUGCUAGACAUAAUUGGGGGCAAAAGGAACUUAUUAUGCUUUUCCUUAUUUUCUGUCAUAUAUACUGAAAACAUUUCAGUG